GCCAGGGAUGCAGAGACAGAAAGACUUAGGGGAUUUAUUAAGAAAAGUAGUCAAACGACUAUGGCCCCUGCAGUGAACAUGGAGAUGGUUCCGUUGUUCAAGGGCCGCAGAGAGCAGAACGUGGUCUUCCUGCUGGACACGUCUGAGAACAUGAAGAGUGUCCUGGGCCCUGUGAAGCAGCUGCUGAUCCAGGCGCUGCUGGCCCGCUUCCCUUACCGAGAGUCUCUCUUCAACCUCAUGGCCAUCUCCAGAAAGCUGAACCGCUGGUCACAGACCAUGCUCCCCUGCGCACCCGGCACCGUGUACGAGGCUUUGUCCUGGGUCCACUCUCUGACCUGCGGCCCUGGAGGAGACCUCCUGACGGCCCUGAGCGUGGCGCUGAUGGACCCCGACUGCAACGCGGUCCACCUGGUCACAGCCGGCCUCCCGUGCAACACCGAUGCGGUCCUCCACGCCCUGCCCGCCGUUACAGAUGGACGGACAUUGGGUCCGAUGGGGCGUUGA